AUCAACAAAAUUGCAGAGUUAUAGUGUAUAGCGCCCUUUAUGGUUGUUAUGGUGGUCAUAUUUAUUCGGCAGCGGCCAUGACACCAUGGUUUGUCAGUCUCAUUCGACAUCUGACGUCUGAUCCGAGUGUUCGAAUGUUCUUUUUGCUCCGUGGUGAUUUCAUCCUUGUUGAGUUUUUGUUUUUUGUUAAGUUUUGGUUUUCUGUUGAGUUUUUGUUAUUUGUUAGCUUGUUAAGUUUGUAUCUUCUACGUGGGCUUUGCGUGUGCGCACGUAAUAUGGAACCUCAGGCAGGACCUUCUCGUGAGAAGGAAAUUCUUUCUCCGAGAAAGAAACGCUGUAAAACCGCUAUGACUGUUAAUGAAAAAACAAUGGUUAUGAACUGUUACAAAUAUGUGUACAAUAAUUGGCCUAAAGACCAAUACCGGACAUUGGCGGAUUGUGCAAACAAAGUUGCGGAGAUAUUGGGAGUAUCUGAAACGACAGUGAGAAGAGUUGUGAGGGAAUAUAAACAGAAGAAACAGUUUACUUCUCCCAAGAAAACAGGCCCAAAAAUUACAGUUUUGGACAAGAUGGAUGAGUUCGACUUCGCUGCCAUACGACGUAUCGUUCAUCAAUUUUUCCAUCGCAAUGAGGCACCAACAAUUCAAAAGAUUCUUCAAGUUAUCAAUGACAGUCCUGACUUGCCAAACCUGUCAGCAACCAGCUUGCGUUUGAUUCUCAAACAUUUAAAUUACAAGUAUGCAAGUCGUAAAUGUCGCAGCUGCUUAAUUGAUCGGGAUGACAUAAGAAAUUGGAGAAAACGAUACUUGCAGAAGAUAAAGCAGUAUCGGCUGGAAGGAAGACCCAUAUAUUAUCAAGAUGAGACCUGGGUUAACGAAGGGCAUACGCAAUCAAAGGUUUGGCAAGAUACUCAGAUCCAGUCAUCGCGACAAGCAUUCAUGGAGGGUCCUUCAACAGGGCUACGGGCACCAAGCGGAAAGGGUAGAAGACUAAUAAUAAGUCAUAUUGGCAGUGAGGACGGCUUCUUGGAAGGAGGACUCCUACUGUUUGAGUCAAAAAAAAAUACAGAAGAUUUUCACCAAGAAAUGAACUCUGAACAUUUUGAAGAAUGGCUUAGGGGUAUACUGCCCAAAUUAAAAACAAAUGCAGUGUUAGUCAUAGACAAUGCCCCUUAUCACUCCCGGAAAAUAGAAUCAGGGCCUAUCAAUAAAUGGAAGAAUGCUGAAAUUAUAGAUUGGCUGAAGAAAAAAAAACAUUGUUCAUGAAGAGAAAUUGACGAAAGAAAAAUUGAUGGGAAUUGUUGCCAAGGUAAAGCCUGCUCAUGUAAAAUAUGCAGUGGAGGAAUUGGCAGCUGCACACAAUAUAACAAUAUUAAGAUUGCCCCCUUACCAUUGCGAACUGAAUCCCAUAGAGCUGGUAUGGGCUCAGGUGAAGGGGCAUGUAGCCAGAAAUAAUAAGACUUUUAAAAUGGCAGAGGUCAGAGAGUUGUUUAAUGAAGGCCUCCGGGAAGUGACACCACAAAGGUGGCAGUCUUGUAUAGACCAUGUCGUAAAAGUAGAAGAUGAGAUGUGCAAACUGGACGGAUUAAUUACUGGAGUUGUGGAUAAAUUUGUUAUUCAUGUAACGGAAUCAGAUUCAGACAUUGAUAGUAAUUCGGACAUUAGUGAUGGAGAUGAGGAGUUGGAAAUGUUGGAAUAAAGAAAAAUUGUUGAAAAAA